AUGAGGACGAGCGUUAUCCUGUUGGAAAACUCCCCCAUGAAUGCUGUUCAUGAAUGGCAGCACUACAGGUUGAAUUAUCAGACUGACGAACAAAUUUGCAGUCAGUGUGUUUGGGAUAACGAUGAGAGUGUUCCUGCUGUCAUAAGAAAGUGCUCCCCAGACCAUGACCUCAGGUGUAGAUCCAGUGUGUCUAGGCUGCAGACAGUUUGGUUGCAGGUGUACCUCUGGCAUCCUUCUGACAAACACAUGGCCAUCUCUGGUGCAAAGGCAGAACCUACUUUCAUCAGAAAACGCAACAGAUCUCCAUUCCGUCCUCCAAUGAGCUCUGGCUUGACACCACUGGUGUCGCAAACGGCAAUGGCUUGGAGUCAGUGGAAUGUACGCUAUAAGGCACCUGGCUCAGAGCUGUCCUCGAAUCGAAUGCCACCGAAAAAAUCUAACCUCAACAACGAGCGGAGCAGAGAGGCACGACGCAAACGUGUUGAAAGAGCUCAUAAGUCGGCAGAACAAAUCACAACAAGAAAUGCAGCUCAAAGAAUCAGGACAGCAGAGGGUUGUGCACAAGAAUCUCAAGAACAGCAUGAAGAACGUCUGCGACAGACUAUUACGAGAACAAGAUCGGCACGAGAACGAACCAUAGCUGCAGCACGAGUACAAGAGCGACAGAGGCAGCAGACCAGCCGCUCAUUAAUACGUGCAUCAUUUGUUCGUCUUGCUUUCGAAUAUGCACCAGAUAUUAACUACUCUGCGCAUCCAAAAAUUGGUAUCGGUGCAAUGGAUAAAGUAUGUCAAUAUUGUCAGGCAUUGAAAUUUCGGAAUGAAACACCCAGCAUGUGCUGCGCAUCAGGAAAAGUUGUGCUGUCACCUCUACCCACUCCGCCGGAACCUUUAUUAUCUCUUCUUGCUGGCGAGUCAGACGAUUCAAAAUUAUUUUUGCGUAAGAUACGCAAAUUUAAUUCUUGCUUCCAAAUGACGUCAUUUGGGGCAACUAAAAUUUGCGAUAUCGCAUCCAAUGGGCGUAAUUUUGAAACUACAUUCAAAGUACAAGGCCAGGUGUACCAUAAAAUCGGAUCAUUGUUGCCAAUGCCUGAUGAUGAUCCAAAAUUUCUUCAAAUUUAUUUUAUGGGCAAUUGUGAAGAGCGCGUGACAACUCGGUGCCAGUAUAAUUUCAUUGACCAAGCACAGGAAAGAAAGAUUGUGUUAUUGCUGGAAAAUUUUUUAGACGAUCAGAAUCAACUAAUUCGAUUGUUUAAAAGAGUUUCGCCACGAUUGCAAAAUGACAACUAUCAAAUCGUCAUAAAAGCAGACAAAGUACCAUUAGGUGAACAUGCUGGCAGAUUCAACGCUCCAACUGUUGAUGAGGUUGCCGUUAUUAUGGUUGGUGAUCCAGUUGACAAAAGAGCUAUAAAAAUUACACGGCGAGACAACACUGUCAGUACGAUUUCGGAUCUACGCCGCUCAUAUGACGCACUGCAAUAUCCAUUAAUAUUUUGGCAAGGACAGGAUGAAUAUCACCUUAACAUCAAACAGUGUAAUCCAAAUACCGGUGCUGAAGGAGAUAAAAAAGUUAGUUCAAUGAACUACUACGCACACAGAUUGAUGGUUAGACUAAAUCAGAAUAACUAUAUCCUUCGAUAUCGUCAGCUAUUCCAUCAAUACAUUGUUGAUAUGUAUGCUAAAGUUGAAAGCGAACGAUUGCGGUUCAUUCGAUACAACCAGGCUAAAUUACGAUCGGAAGAAUACAUUCACUUACGAGAUGCUGUUGUUGGAAAUAUCGAUGGAAAUUUAAACCCCAAUGACAUCGGUAAUGCUUUCAUUUUACCUUCAAGCUACAUCGGCAGUCCACGGAACAUGCAGGAAUACAUACAAGAUGCAAUGACUUACGUACGUCAUUACGGCCGACCAGAUUUGUUCAUUACAUUCACAUUUUUUGGUAUCACACGUUGUUGGCUGUAUUCGAUUGAGUGGCAAAAGCGAGGUUUGCCUCAUGCCCACAUUUUAAUUUGGCUUCAAGAUAAAAUCCGUUCUGAAGAAAUUGAUCAAAUAAUUUCAGCCGAAAUUCCAGACCCAUCAAUUGAUCAAAAAUUGUUCGAUAUUGUUACCAAACACAUGAUCCACGGGCCGUGCGGUGCUUUCAACAUGACGUCACCAUGCAUGGAAAAUGGAAAAUGCAAGAAAAAUUUCCCAAAGCCGUAUACGAAUGACACUAUCACGGAUAUUGAUGGUUAUCCAAUGUAUCGCCGCAGAAAUACUGAUAAUGGUGGCCACACAUUCACAAUGCGACUGCCGAAUUUUACAAAUCAAGUAGAAUUUGACAAUCAGUGGGUGGUACCAUACUCACCAUUACUUUCAAAAACUUAUGAGGCUCAUAUCAAUGUCGAGCUUUGCAGUUCUGUAAAAUCAAUUAAAUACAUUUGUAAAUAUGUAAAUAAAGGCAGUGAUUUGGCCAUAUUUGAAGUACAAAAUAUAAAUAAAAAUGACGAAAUAACACGAUACCAAAUGGGUAGAUACAUUAGCAGCAACGAAGCUAUUUGGCAUAUUCUUAGCUUUCCCAUACACGAAAGAGACCCUUCUGUCCAGCAUCUAGCAAUACAUCUUGAAAACGGUCAACGAGUAUACUUCACUGAAGAAAAUGUUUUCCAAAGAGCGCUUGAGGCUCCAAAAACGACACUAACUGAAUUUUUUACAUUGUGUAAAAAAUCUGAUAUUUUUGGCCAAUUCGCAAAGACAUUGAUAUAUAGUGAUGUUCCACGUUAUUUCACAUGGAACAAAUCCGGUAAAAAAUGGGAGCCACGGAAACAAGGAAAACCACAUCCUUCCAUUACAGGCAUAUUCAAAGCUAAGACAUUGGGGCGGCUUUACACGGUACAUCCGAAGCAACGUGAGUGCUUCUAUUUACGUUUGUUAUUGGUGAAUGUUCCCGGACCAACGUCUUUUGAAUUUUUGCGAACAUUUAAUGGCCGAGUAUUCAAUACAUACCAAGAUGCAUGCCGUGAACUGCAUUUGCUAGAAGGCGAUAACCAUUGGGACUUAACGCUUGCUGAUGCUGCGCUAACAUCAACGCCCAAUAACAUUCGUCAGCUGUUUGCAAUUAUUUUGACGACAUGUUAUCCAUCGCAAGCACAAACUUUAUGGGAAAAAUAUAAAAAUUGUAUGACAGAAGACAUAUUGCACCGAAUUAGACAAACAGAUCAAUGCCAAAACAUUGAUUAUACGCCACAGAUGUAUAAUGAAGCGUUAGUGCUGAUCGAGGAUUUAUGUGUUUUAAUUUCAAAUUUACCACUUAAUCAUUAUGGUAUGCCAUCACCUGAUCGCCCAGCCACCGACUUAGUCAACACCGAUUUACAACGAGAAAAACAAUAUGACCAUGGUAUUUUAGCAACAAUUAUCGGGAACAGUGAGCCAUUAUUGACAGCAGAACAAAAAAUUAUUUAUGAUCGGAUUAUGCUGACUGUUGCUGCUGAGCAAGGCGGUUUUUUUUUCUUGGACGCACCAGGUGGAACCGGUAAGACAUUUUUAAUAUCAUUGAUUCUUGCCAAAAUACGGUCACAAAGGAAAAUCGCAUUGGCAGUUGCAUCGUCAGGCAUUGCGGCUACUUUGCUAGAUGGUGGGCGAACGGCACAUUCAACAUUCAAGCUGCCUUUGGACAUUCAUAAUAAACCAAAUGCAAUAUGUAACAUAAAAAAGAAUAGUGGAAUAGCUGCAGUUUUGCGUAAGAGUUCAAUCAUAAUUUGGGAUGAGUGCACAAUGGCUCACAAAUAUUCACUCGAAGCAUUGCAUAGAACUAUGCAAGAUUUAAACGGCAAUGAUAAGCUUUUCGGUGGUGCUAUCUUACUUUUGUCUGGUGAUUUCCGUCAGACCUUACCGGUUAUACCUCGCUCUACUUUCGCGGAUGAGCCGGCGCUCCCUCUCCAAGCUACCACCCCUCAUCAGCGGGAUGACAGUAAUCUCUACGACGUGAGAUUUUGCUUGCACCCUGCACUUAUGCACGACGGAUCUUUAGAGGAAUCGGGUUCCGACCCUGAUAAACCAAUGAAGGGGAGCGUGGGAACCAUUACCAUUUCAGGAUUAAUUUGA